GGUGACGCAUGUUCUACCAUCCAUCAUCUGAUCCGUAUCAAAAUAUUGGGGCGCUCACAUUCCGCCUACACUCAAAAGCGCGCGUCGAUUGUCGCAGGAAAACUUUGGCGAACAUAUCAUUUUCAAUUCUGAUAAUAACAGUGCAGUGUGGAUUAAUUAGCAACAAUCAGUGCGUAAACUAGGAUAUUAUAUAAUUCCAUACAUUUUAAACUAGACUCGAAUUACCAUCAGUAAUUACAAUAAAUAAAUAAUUCUUGAAUAAAACACAGUGUUAUACGUCUAAUUAUAAUAAAAAAUUCAAUAAAGUGUGUAAAACUCAAUCAGUUACGAAGAAAUUGCCUGCGACGCGUUAGUAAAUAAUUAAAGGGCUCGUAAUCGAGUUAAAACGCCGACAAAGCGUACAAUGGACGUUUCGGUGGGGAAGUUUUUAAUUGAAUAUUGUUGUUAAUUAAAAUGUAGUGUGAAUAGUGCCGCGUUGGAUUGCAAGUUUUGAUCUACUCUGAUUCAAUGUCGAAUUAUAAACGGCUUGGGCUUAAUGUCCGCCGCCGUCGCUGAGGAGUCGCUGAGAGCUGAGAAUAAUAUGAGAUGGAUAAACCGGAUGAAAUGGAUUUCGUUUGAAGUGCGGUUCUCUUGGGGUCCGACGCUCGCAUCCUCCUGAGUGAAGAACGCCGAAAGCAUGGAUUUGCUACAACAUUCCGCCAAAGCUUCCAAGUGUUUAAUAUUCUUCGCAUUGUUUAUUUUUCUAUCGUCGAUCGUCCUGGGAAACGCAAAUGGUUCAAACACAGAAGAGACCGGACAUAGCCUGAGUAGACGCAGCUACGAUUCGCCACCGCGUCACAAAGGCAAAGAGAAUGCGGCGGCGAAAAUCCCGGCGGCGGGCGGCAAGCCUGCGAACGUGUUCGCCACCGACAACUGCACGGUGGUGGUCGCCCAGAUCGGCGGCACUGCUACUCUGCCAUGCGUCGUAAGGAAAUUCAACACUGGUGUGGUAUCCUGGAUAAGAAAGCACGAUUACCACUUAUUAACAGUUGGAUUGACGACGUACAGCGCCGACGACAGAUUCAUGGUCGAACACGUCAGGCAUUUGCAGAAUUGGGGUCUCCUGAUAAAGCACGUUCAAUUCUCGGACGCCGGUCUUUACGAGUGCCAAGUCUCCACACAUCCCCCGACGAGCAUCUUCCUCGAGCUCAAAGUCACAGAGGCGUCAGCGGAAAUUCUCGGAGCGCCUGAUUUACACCUGAGAGCUGGUUCGUCGCUGCGUUUGGUGUGCACCCUGCGGCAGUCGACGGAACCGCCAUCGUACGUGUUUUGGUAUCAUGAGCAGCGCAUGAUUAAUUACGAUCAGGGCGUGCAGGUGAUUGCCGAUCGCAGCAGCAGCAUUUUACUGCUGCAGGACGCCGACAAAACGCACAACGGCAAUUACACCUGCAGUCCUUCGAAAGCCAUUCCGGCGUCGAUUAAUGUACACGUGCUCAACGCAACCGCAGGUUUUACCACGAGCGCCAUCUAA